AUGGCUCAAAUACAUCUAUUGUCAUGGCCCUCUCCCAAGGGCAUGUGUCUUGGGUUAGUCGGCUUGUUUUUCAUAAGUCUGAUGUCGAUGUUUCUAUAUUUAGACGUCGUGUCAGAAAAGCAGAUAGGCACGCCAAUUUCGGACAGAACCACCAAGAAUGAUCAGAUCGUGCGAGAGCUGAGCGAUAUCACGAAUCGGUUUAAUCAUGGUGCCGUUAACUCGAGUACUGGGGUUGUGAUGGCCUCUAUCACGAACGAGGAUCUAUCUUGGCUGCUUGAUUAUUGCAAAGAAUCAAACACCAUUCCUUUUGUCUAUACCACCGAAACUCCUCCCGAGCGAGAUCUUCUCAUCCCACGAACGACCCGAGGCCGUGAAGCCGCCGCGUAUCUUUCCUACGUUGUCGACUUCUACGACCGUCUCCCUCCAUACUCGAUCUUCGUCCACUCCAAUCCCGACCAAUGGCACAAUGACCUCUUCGGACCACACACCUCAGUGACACUCCGCAACCUCCGUCUCGAAGCCGUCGAUGUAAAAGGCUACGUCAAUCUCCGCUGCGAACACAACCCGGGCUGUCCAACAAGCGUAUCCCCAUUCCGUCCUACAGAAAUUGACAUCAAGAACAAUGAUAUCCGCGCGUUCUUCCCGCAGGUUUACCAGACCCUCUUUGACGUUCCAUCGGCAGACGUGCCGGAUGAGAUCGGCAAUGUAUGCUGUGGACAGUUUGCGGUUAGUCGGGAGAGGAUUGUAUCGCGUCCUCGAGCGGAUUAUGAGCGCAUGCUCGAGUGGGCGGAGACGACAGAGUUGACGGAUAAUUUUGGGGUGGGGUGGGUGUUUGAGAAGGUGUGGCAUAUUGUGUUUGGGAUGGAGGCUUUGUAUUGUCCGAGAUAUGAGCAAUGUCGCUGUGAUGCGUAUGGAUGGUGCGGUCCGUUGCCAUCGGGAGAGACACUGCAGGCAGUGAUGGGUUGA